CAUCUCCGACGGGAAGCCUUUUAUCAGGCCCGAAGCACGUCGAGUCGCAGUAGAAGAGCGAGGGACCAGCCACGUAAAAUCCUCCGUAUACACCACCACACCUGUAUACAUUAUGACAGUGUCCGUCGAUUCAAGCCCGAGGCUAAGUAUCGCAUUGCUGGCUGCUGGCGAUUCUGCUCGCAUGGGUACUUCCAAGCAUCUUCUGCCGGAUGCAGACGGAACGCCGGUAUACCUCAGUCGGCUAACAAUGCUCCGCCAGGCCUUUCCUGAUGUACAGGAUUUGUGCUUGCUUCUUCGCGACAGCUCACAGUGCUCUUCCACACCGAUUCCGCCAGAGUUGAAUGCCCGGACUAUUUGUGUAGACGCCUCUGCUCGAGGAAUGCGCCCAAGAGGGCCUGCGCUGACCUUCUUGGCAGCUUUCAGCUCCAACACCACAUGUCAUUGGUUGUUCAUUCCUUGCGAUUAUCCGCUGCUGACAGCUCCCGAGUUGAGACACCUGCUACAACAGCAUCGAGAUCCCGUCACUUGCUUUGAGAACGCCCAAGGACACACGGAACCUUUGGUGGGAAUCUGGAAUCCCAUGGCGCUUUCGCAUAUCGCCACACAUUUCUUGUCGUCCCGACAACACCUCGUUGAACUGGUCGAUAGGCUUGAGGGAAAUAGAAUCCCCCCACUAUAUGACCACAGCCUGUUCAAUGCCAAUACGAGGGAGGAUUGGGACGAUGCGAUCCAGUUGCUUGCUCAGUCUGCAGACAAAUCAUGA